AUGUCCGCCGCCGUCGAACUGCAGCCCAUGGGCUCGUCCAAGGCGUCCUCGCCGCCGCCGCCGUACCCGCCGCCUCCACGACGUGCGGUCCCACAGCGCGACCCGAGCCCCGGAUCGCUGGGCAGGGGAUACCGCCAAGCAGAGGACAUGGCCAAGGCGGCCACGCGGCCUGUCGAGGGCGCGCUGGACGCUGCGAGCGUGUUUGGCCUGGCUGCUGCUGGAUGGCUCACACUCAUGGCCCUGCCCGUCCUGGUCCUCCCGCGGUUCAUCCUCUUCCUCGCGCAGGGUUCCGAGUCGGGCUCGCCCUCGCACGCCCUCAAGACCGGCCACCUCGGCGUGCUCAACAGCGGGCCCGUACCGAGCUACGACCGCGGCCACUAUGACUCGCUGACCUCGCUCGAGUCGUUCCUGCUGCACAUGAUGGGCAUGGGCAUGCUCGCCCUCGCGGCCCUGUGCGUCUUUGUCAUUGUGCCGACGUACACCCCCGUGUCCAAGUGUCGCGUCCCGGCCAUUGGCGUGCUGUCGGCGCUGUUCUGCUUCUCGGCGAUCUUUGGCUGGAACGCGCCGCUUGGCGCCUUGGCCGUGCUCUUGGGGCUCGGGAACGGCGUGCUGGGCUGUUGGGGCGCGUGGAGCCUGUUCUUUGGGAACGAGGAGGGACACAACAAGCACAAGAUCCUCAAGCCCAACUCGCGUCUCAAGCGCCUCUAG